AUGACCGAUAGUUCAGUACAUCCUUUUUCAUCAUCAAAUCGACAACAAUCUCGUGAUGAUUCUACAACAGCAAUCAAAUGGACUCCAAAGUCUACAGUGCCUGUACGAAGUCAUCAAUCGAUAUCACAAGAAAUUUCAUUAUUAAAAUUAAUUUUCGAUGGUGUUUCACUUCUAUUUGUACUUGCAGCAUGGCUAUUAUUUAAAUAUUUUGUAAAACCAGUUCGACGACCUUUUCUAUGCUCGGAUUUGGAUUUAUAUCAUCCGAAACCAGUUAAAACUGUUAUUCCAACAUGGCUUCUUGUUGUAUAUUCAGUUGUUAUACCAUUAAUUAUUAUACUUCUUUCUGAAGGUGUUCGUUGGUAUUAUUUAUUUCGUAAAAAAGUAGCACGUGUAGUUUAUAAAAUUCAAAUUUGUUCAAAUGUUUAUAAUAUUUCAGAAUGGGCAGGAAAUCUUUAUAUUAUUAUCGGAGUUUUUUUAUUUGCUCAUGGUGCUAAUUCGUUUUUAACAAAUAUUGGCAAAGUUUCUGUUGGCCGUCUUCGACCACAUUUUAUUCCAUCAUGUUUUGAGAAAUAUACUUAUAAAGAUUUUUGUGUGGAUGCUACUCAAUGGAUUGUUAAUUAUACGUGUAUUGGAGAAGCAAGUACUGCUGUUAAAGAAAAAGAUGGAGCUUAUGAUAUUCGACAAUCAUUUCCAUCAGGUCAUGCAUCGACAGCUUUUUGUGGUUUAAUUUUUUUGGCCUUUUAUAUUCAUAAAGUUUGGAAUUAUCGUAAUAUUGGAUUAUUUCCAUAUAUUAUAGAAAUGAUUAGUUUUGCUUUAGCCUCAUAUAUUGGUAUCACACGUAUUACGGAUAAUCGUCAUCAUGGUACUGAUGUUCUGAGCGGAGCUAUUUUAGGAACUACUAUUGCUAUUAUUGCUUUUCACUAUAUGGUUCGUUCAUUUAAACGAUCGGUUUUAAUGGAUCUUGGUAAUGAAAGAACAAGCGAACAGAUGAUUCUAGCACAUAUACAAUAA